AAUUCUUCCUCCCCUUACAUAACUUCUGUCAAUUUUGUGGGGUUCUAUGCAGGUUUUGAGAAACCGUACUCACGGGAAGGGAACCGGAUGUCCUACAGCGCCACCCCCUCAAUUUUUCGGUUCCGCCUCUCGUUUCACAGUCUUGCUAUCUACCGAGUAAUUCCCAUUUCCAACUAGAGACUACAGUACUCUGUCGCCUGUAUACUCACGUUGCAUACCCUCAUGUUUUCUUCGGUGGUGGACGGCGAUUUGUCCUAAGUUUUGCUGCACCUUUUCCACGUCGUGUUGCCUGUCUUCUGUCACUAGGAAAAAGACCGGAAGUCGUCGGACGGUGGGCUCAAGCAGCUCCACCUGACUGCCGUUGUCCAGCGUCUUCCGUGUUCUUGCCUUGUCUGUCUUUUGCGGAAGUGCGCUUUGUGAGUGGAUCGGGAAGUCUGACCGCCAGCUUACUAUGGGAGUAUAGGCGUGCCGGUGGAAGCGGAGAAUUUCUUGUUUUCUACUGUCAUGGGGCGGCAGCGAGACCAGCGCCGCCAAGGCGGCGGCAUGCCGGGGGGAUUCCCUGGAGGAUUCCCAGCUGGAUUUCCUGGAGGACUUCCAGGGGGAUUUCCUGGAGGACUUCCAGGGGGAUUUCCUGGAGGUUUAGACGCCGCUGCAUUAGGCGGAAUGCCCGCAGGUCUUCCAGAGGGUUUAUCCCCAGAGCUUCUAGCGCAGAUGCUCGGCGGCAUGCCAGGCGGUCCUAGUGUGGGCAUGGAUCAGCACUCGGAUGAAGCAGGAAUGAUGCAGAACGACGGGGUCGACCGGAGUCGGUGGCAAAUUGUUUAUCCUGCGUACAUCAAUAAAAAACGCACAGCGGCCAUGGGCAGGCGGGUUCAGCUGUCUAUCGCUGUGGAGGAUCCCAAGGUGGAUGAAAUGAAGAAGAUCUGCGACCACUUCAACAUUCCUGCCGCCAUCGAAUACGUGAAGAGGUACCCGCGAGACUGGCUGCUUUCGCACGGCCGACUUCGGUUCCAGUUGAAAGACGAGAACGAUCAGCUGCAUAACCAGGAGAUCCCCAACAAGAAGAUUCUGAUGCGGCGCAUGUGCGAACUUAUCCCCCAGUUGAAGAGCCGCAGUACACCAACGGGUCCUGUAGCGUCGGCGGCAUCCUCGACGAAAAAGAAAAAGAGGAAGUAA